AUGAAUCUUUUACAAUAUUGGGAUGCUAAUAAAUCGAUAUAUCCUAAUUUAGCUCGAGUAGCUAAGAAAAUUUUAGCAAUACCAGCUAGUAAUACUUCUGUGGAACGCCUAUUCUCAGAUAGUGGUAAUACAAUAACUGAUCGACGAACACGUUUAGAUGUAGAUAAAAUUAAUAAUCUUUUGUUUAUUAAACGAAAUAUACGAACAUUAAAAGAAAUUUAUGCUCCAGUUGUUGACCUGUCCAACAAAAGAAAAAUUAAUUUAACUUCAACUGAUUCAACACCAUCAACUAAAAAGGUCAAAUUAACAACAGAAAAUCAAGAAAAUUAA